CUACAACAUCAUGGGGCAGUCUGAUACAAAACAUGACUACCCUUUUUGUAAUAGAAAUAAUACCUGGGCGCUGUGGGAGCCUGCAGCAUUGGAAUUUUUCUUCGGAAUCACUGGUAAUGUCAUCGCUUUACUUCUCCUCUGGACCAACCGCCAUUAUCAUCGAUGGUUUUCUUUUUUUAAACUUCUUACUGGGCUAGUAAUCACGGAUUUUCUUGGAAUAAUACUGGUUUACCCAUUUGCGAUGAUAAGGUAUACUUCAGAUUUCACGUGGUGCUACCCGAAGCCACUUUGUCAAUUCACUUCCUUCGUUUUUGUCGACGCUCAUAUGUCUGCAGCUUUAAUUAUCUGUGCCAUGUCUGUUGACCGUUUCAUGCAUUUGCGAAAUUCAGUUAUCUUCACAAGCAAGAAUUAUACAUAUAUACUCUUCGGAAUAUGGAUCAUUGCUAGUCUGAUUUCGUACUUACAUUUAAUUGGAGUUGGGGAAAGUAACAUAUAUUAUCCGGGUUCUUGGUGUUAUUUUGAUUUUGUACGCGAUACUACAGGAAACCAUGUCAUGAGCUACCUUUAUUCCAUAAUUGCUUUCGUUAUAAUUAUUGUAACCAUUGUGAUUAACGCCGUAACACUGUGUCGGAUUUGUACAGACCCAGAACAAAGAGGAAAACUUAUGGAUGCCAAUGAAGUUUCCGGAUUCUAUGAUUUUCAUGCAAUGAUUUUUAUAACAUCCGUUACCGUGUUGUUUGUCAUCCUCUGGACCCCUCUUGUGGUGGACAUUUUCUUGCAUGCUGUCAACAUCAGAAACCAAAAGAACGAUAACACAGAACUAUUGCUUCUGCGAUUGGCCGUGUGUAAUGCUAUCAUUGAUCCCUGGAUGUAUAUUGUCUUAAGAAAGGAAUCACUAAGCAAAAUAGCUGAGAUUUUCCAUCGCUGUAGGGGAUCUAGAAAGUCUGUAAAUAUAAAUGAAACAGACGCUCUUUUACCAUAGAUGCCAAAUCACUUGGCAUUUUUCAAUAUAUUUCUUUAAAAAGGGUAUUUUUAAUCCGAAC